GGCUUUACCGGGUGGUGGCACGCACCCCUGUCCCUGUCGCCUCCUCACGUUUAUCGCCACCCCGCCCGGUCAAGUACAGUACUCGAGUUGUACGCUGUCUGCCCCCCCGCCCUUGGAUGCGCCUCGCCGCCGCCGGCAAUGGCCUCCGCCGUCGCUAGCAACGUGCACGCGGGACCCGCCGCCGCGGGAGCCAUGUCGUUCGGCUGGCUCGGCCCGCGCCUGUCGUUCGGCAGCCCCCGCGACGCCGCCGCCGUCGUGGAGGUGGCGGAGGAGCCCAAGGCCGAGCCCGCGAUCUCCAAGGACUUCAUCGACUUCGAGUUCAGCCUCGGCGGGGCGGCCACCAUGCUUCCGGCCGACGAGCUGUUCGCCGACGGGAAGCUGCUCCCGCUCCGGCCGCAAGCUACCGCGGGGAAGGCGGAGCCGGAGCGGCGGGACACGUCGCUGGUCGCGGAGAUCCUGCCUUCCACGCCGGAGCGGGUCAAGGCGGUGCACCCGGCGGCGGCUGAGGCGGCGCUCGACCCGUACGUGUUCUCGCCCAAGGCGCCGACGUGCUCCAGCCGGUGGCGGGAGCUGCUGCGGCUCAGGAAGGUCCAGACGCCGCAGAAGCCGUCCCCGGCGGCGUCGCCGUCGGCGUCCCCCGCGCCGACCGCGGCAACGCCGUCGAGGGCGUCCAACUCCUCCGCGGCCAGGUCCCUGAAGCUGCUCCUCCUCCAGCGGAACGGCGGCCGCGCGUCGGGCGCCGCGGCGUCGGACCUCUCCGCGGCGCCGCUCCUCCGCGACAGCUCCGACUCGGAGGCGUCCAUCUCGCUCGCCUCCUCCCGCUUCUCGCUCUCCUCCUCCUCGUCGUCCUCCGCUCACGACCACGACGACUUCCCGCGCCACUCCCUCGACUCCGUCGACCCCACCCCGCGCCCCCGCAUCCGUCUCGUCCGCUCGCACCCCCAGGCGGCGCCCCAGCCCCAGGCGCACACACCCACCGCCUCCGUUCCCUCGCGCGCCGGCCACAGCCCCGCCCGCCGCCGCCCCUCGACACCGCAGGCACCGCCGCCGCCUAGCAUGGUCUCCGUGGACUCCCCGCGCAUGAACGCUUCCGGCAAGAUCGUGUUCCAGGGCCUGGAGCGCAGCUCCAGCUCCCCGGCCGGCAGCGUCCACUCCUCCAUGCGGUCGCGGUCACGCGUCAUGGACCGGUCCUACUCCGCCGGCGUCCGCGCCACGCCGGUGGUGCUCAACGUCCCCGUGUGCUCGCGGCCGGUGUUCGGCUUCUUCAAGGACAAGAAGGAUGCCACGGCCAAGGACGCCGCGUCCUCGCGGCCGCGGUCCGCGCUCGGCCGGAGGACGGCGGCCACCCCGGCACCCGGCGGAGCGAACUGCCGAGAUCUCGGCAAUGGUAACUGACAUCGCCUUUGACUAAGCUUAGUAUCAUUAGCAGUAGCGUUAGGCAGUAAUUUCUUCAGUCCGAAAAAGAAAACAGAUCAAAAAAGAGUUUUAGAAGUUUGGGGUGGCGAAGUUAAGAGAGGUUAGUUUGAGAUCUGGAGAAGAGUACGAAACAAUUGGGAGGAUAGUUCGGUGAGCUGAUUUUGCUUUUGUGAGGCUAGAGUUUUCCGAGCAAUUCGAUUAACACCCGCCCGUUUUGGGUUUUGCUCCUGUAAAUUCUGUCUGUCCUGUGUUUUUUUUGCUACCCUUUCCAGCUUUGAUCCUUGAACAAUCCAUUGUAAUCCUAAGCACAUUUGAUCUCAUGCUCUCAGUUGAAUUUCCCAGUGAAGAAAUGGAAAAACUUUUGUGCA